AUCUGCACAACGCCGCAUGAAGGCGAAGAGGCUGGUGCUGAAGAUUUGGGUUUACCGACCUCCUGGCGCGUCGCGUCACGGACGAUGUGUCAUUCGACACAGAUCGCAUGUUGAUCACGAAGCUACUACGAUUACGCAUCGUUUAAAGUUUUAUUUUUUAACAAUGCAACUGUAAGCAUAUUUCGUCAGAUUUAACGGAUAGUGUUCUGGAAGAAGUAUGUCCUUGUACGCCGUUAUUCCACCGGUCCUCUGUAUUAUGUUCUCAGCUUGGCAGGUGGGCGCAGAUGAGGACUGUUUGUGGUAUGUGGACAAAAAUGGUACCUGGCACAAUGGUUUUGACUGCCCACUCAUAACGUUUUGCUGUGGGAACUGUCAUCACCGCUACUGCUGCCUGGAUGGCUUCAAAAUGAUCACAGAGGCAGGACAGAAACGCUGCAUGUUGUUCCAUCUCAGCCCCUCCACUAUAGCUGGCAUUGCUUCAUCCAUCCUGCUUUUUGUGGCUGCCAUAGCAACCAUGGUCUGUUGCUUCAUGUGUUCUUGCUGUUAUCUGUACCAGCGUCGACAGCAACUUGGUCGAACACCUUAUGAAGCCCAGCACAUUCCUAUGGCAAGCUAUCCUGUGGAGCCCAUGUAUGAUGCUUAUGGUAAACCUGUUGGACAUCCUGAUUACCCUGGUUAUCCAAUGGCGCCGCAGUAUCCUGGUGUCCCUCAGCAGUAUCCCAUGAUGCCCCAGGGUCCUUAUCCUCCUGAUGCAGGAUACAGCCAAGCAGCUCCUCCACCAUACUCCCCUCCCCAGUACCCAGGGCACUGAGAAAGCUCUCUAUUGCAUAGUACCCCACGGUUUAGUUUAGUUUGGGUCGGGUCUGCUCACCUCACUUUGGCUUGGUUAGCUUUUAAGCAGUGAAGGAUAACCCAUAAAGUGGCUCCAUGGGUGCCACCGACUUUUCUGAAUCCCUUGUAUGAGAAGCACUUUUAAAUUGAUUUGUGUUAAUUAUUUUUUGUGAAGUAAAGCAUGAACUGAACCUGGAUUGCCUCACAUUGGAGUGUUUCCUUGUUUGAUGUACAGCUUUCAUAUAUCUCCAACUUAAUUAAAGCUACUCACAGACUGAAAAGACAUUAAACAGGCCGGGUCGCUUUGCUGUAUGUGCCAUUAUGUUUUUUCAAACUCCGAAAUGGAAAGUAAAGAAUGAAGAUCUGAAGAUGACCUGAAAUAUAAAGAAGACACCAGAAGUUGGCAAUUUUGACUUGUUAUCUGUAGAACCAAAUGAGAGAUAGUAUUAAACUGUAAAUGUAAUAUUAUGUAAAUAAGAGAUAACUUACAUAAAGAAAGAUUUCCACAGUAAACCAGCCAAAACUUUAUGUAUUUAUGCGCCAUUUGCAGUAUGAACAGUCAGGAGUUACGUUUGCAUCUUGCUUUUAGAUGAUACAUUUUAGGAUUUACAUUAUGAAUGGUGGCAAUGAAGGUCAUUCUGUAAGAUGUAAUGUUAACCCCACUUUGUUUAGCAUGUCUUUAUAGAUAAUACCAACCAGGCCAGCUAUGAAGGAAAUCAGAGGAAUGUUUGCAUUCUGUUCUGUGAAUUGUAUUUCUUUUUUAUUAUUAUUUUAUAAUAAUUUUCUUUAUAGGCCUCUCAGAGACAGAUUUGUAACGUUUAUGACUCAUUUAAAGGGUGAAUUGAAUGAUUGUUUUUAAUAUUGAAACAUUUGUCAGAUUUUCAUUUUGAAAUUAUUUCUACUACCUCCUCAUCUCAUACCAGUAAAAUUAGUUGUGAUGGUUUGUUUACUGUUUGAAUAACAUGUACGCUAUUUAAAUUAAUUGUAUAGUAAACAGAGUUGUUUUUGCUAUGUACAGCCUAUGCUAAUGUAUUUGUCAGUUCGGAAUGUGAAGUGCAAAUAAGAAAAAGAUCAAAGAUACAUUUUUACAAUGGUGAAAAAUAACAAUUAUUUUAAACUUGGAAUAAACGUAAACAAUGCUAGUGUUUGCACUAAUUUUGCCAUAAGAGAGGUCUAAUUGAUAAGCCUGGAUGAGAAGUGUUGCGUAAUUCACUUUUUACAAUAAAAAAAGACUUGACUUUG